GAGGGUGAUUGGGAGAAAAGGGGGCAGCGAGCGGCUUGUCAUGGGGAUCUGAGCUACGACAAGGCAUUAGUAGCAUCUGGGAACUCCGAGGGGUACAGGACGUGUCAAAGUCCGGGACCCCGGCGCCAGCUCCGCUGGGGGGAUCCCCGCUGCUCUAGUCCUGGGGAGGGAGGGCAAAAAGGAGGGAGCCCUGAUCUCGCCCCGCCCCUGGGCUUGUUACCGCGGGGGCGGGGAGUGAGGGCUUCUUUUGGGGGGAGUGGAGAUCGGGGGACUCGGCUGUGCCCUCUUGAGCUGCUGCCGGUGUCCCCGCGGCGCCGGGCUGCGGAGCAGAGGAGCCGCCGCGGCCGUGACUGUUGCAUGUGUGGCUGCUGGAUGCGGAGGCGGCGGCGGCGGCGGCGGCGAGGAGCAGCAGCGACGGCAGGAUGUUAGGACAGCAGCAGCAGCAGCAACUCUACUCGUCGGCCGCACUCCUGACCGGGGAGCGGAGCCGGCUCCUCACCUGCUAUGUGCAGGACUACCUCGAGUGUGUGGAGUCGCUGCCCCACGACAUGCAGAGGAACGUGUCUGUGUUGCGAGAGCUGGACAACAAAUAUCAAGAAACAUUAAAGGAAAUUGAUGAUGUCUAUGAAAAAUAUAAGAAAGAAGAUGAUGCAAACCAGAAAAAACGCCUACAGCAGCAUCUCCAGAGAGCAUUAAUCAAUAGUCAAGAACUGGGAGAUGAGAAAAUUCAGAUUGUCACACAAAUGCUCGAAUUGGUAGAAAAUCGGGCUAGGCAAAUGGAGCUACAUUCACAGUGUUUUCAAGAUCCUGCUGAAAGUGAACGAGCCUCAGAUAAAGCAAAAAUGGAUUCCAACCAACCAGAAAGAUCUUCAAGAAGGCCCCGCAGACAGCGAACCAGUGAAAGCCGUGAUUUAUGUCAUAUGACAAAUGGGAUUGAAGACUGUGAUGAUCAACCACCUAAAGAAAAGAAAUCCAAGUCCGCCAAGAAAAAGAAACGCUCCAAGGCCAAGCAGGAAAGGGAAGCUUCACCUGUUGAAUUUGCAAUAGAUCCUAAUGAACCUACAUACUGUUUAUGUAACCAAGUGUCUUAUGGGGAGAUGAUCGGAUGUGACAAUGAACAGUGUCCAAUUGAAUGGUUUCACUUUUCAUGUGUUUCACUUACCUAUAAACCAAAGGGGAAAUGGUAUUGCCCAAAGUGCAGGGGAGAUAAUGAGAAAACAAUGGACAAAAGUACUGAAAAGACAAAAAAGGAUAGAAGAUCGAGGUAGUAAAGGCCAUCCACAUUUUAAAGAGUUAUUUGUCUUUUAUAUAAUUCUUUCAGAAUUUACUUUCAGAAAAUGUUUUAGGGUAAAUGCAUAAGACUAUGCAAUAAUUUUUAAUCAUUAGUAUUAAUGGCAUAUUAAAAGUUGUUGUACUUUGUCUGUGACCUUAAUUUUCUGCACUGAAUUACCAAAUAUUUUAAACCAGGUAGUCUUUAUGAAAGACUAGGAAGACCUGAUGGAAGGAGCAGGGAAUAGGGAGAGGGUGGUGUGAACAUUAUAAAAACUUCACAAACCAUGCCUAUUUCAUUUUCACUUAAAAUGCAAUGCUAUUUUUUGGGUAAACACCAAAGUUUUGCUAGCAUUUUAGUUCUACAUGCUUAAAAAAUUUAGAUACAGCUGGAGUUCUCUGCAAGCAUUCAAAUUAUCUUGGGUAACUUAAAAUAUGAACACUAUACCAUUGACAGCUUCUUUCUCCCUGGCCCCAUUUAUACAUACACUUGUUCAUCUCUAGUCUUUCAAGAAUUUAAGGAACUAGAGAUAAGAAUAAUUUGGGAUUCCAUGUGGAAUAAUGUGCUCUUAUUAGAGUAUUUGCUGCUGUCUUUUCCUUAGUAGCAUUUUGAUACACUGUCAGUAGCCCACUUGUAAAUGCCUCGCUGCUGCUUCAUAGACGUCCUAAUCUAGUGCUUAAUAAAGGAGUUGUGUUUUGUUUUGUUUUAAUUGGGACAGGUAAGAGUAGUUAGAAUACCAAAAAUGCUUCCAUUGGCUUAUAUUGGCAAAAUUUGAGUUGCAUAGUAUCAUGGUUCAACGUUGAACAAUUGGAAAAAAAAAUGCAUCUUAUUUAAUAAUGUUUUCUACGUUGACCCACUGCUGGGAUGCUAGAUACAGUCCAAUCAGUGGGAAAAGGGCAUAUACUUUAUAUCAAAUGGUAGUUUAAACAAUUUUGCUAGUGGCUCUCAUUCAUUUCAAUUCCAAUCAGUGAUUAUAUGUUAUUUUAAGUAACAGUGUAUUUACUUAAUCUUAACUUUCUGAUAUUGGUGCUGUUUGAUGUCUCCAUGUUUAAUGAACUAAUUUCUUUAAUAAUGCAAUUGAUAAUGUAUUUGUAAAUUGAAUUUUCCAAGAUCCUAAUAUUUUAAGGGUAAGCAUUUUGAUGGAUAUAUGUCCAUAUAAUCAGAGAGUUUUUGAGUUUUUUUGGGGGGUGGGGCAGUGGAUUAACUAGUUCUUUAAAUCUAUGUGUAACAUACUUUUUAUUCCUCAUUUUUUUCCUAAUCUGAUGACCUUGAUUCUUUUUGAUUAACAUGUGAAAAAUCCUGUCUGCUUGUUUGGAAAAAGAAAUUGAUUAUUUCUCUCCUAGCUCUCCUGUGUGACUUUUAGGCAUGUCAUUUCACCUUACUGGGUAUCAAGUUAUUCAUGUGUAUGUAAUAUGAGGUCGGCUUAAAUAUCUCCAAAGUUCUUUUGAAAUCUCUAGUAUUUGCACUGUUGUAAGGAUUUUAAUAAUCAAAUGAUUUGGUUUUCUCUUUCA